CAAAUUUUACACAGUUUUUUAUAUAUGUUUCAGAGUAAGAUUUAAAAUAUAAGAUUUUUAUGUGAAAAUGGCAGGCCCAAGCAGCCCUGCUAUCAAGCGUUCUGUUAAAAUGUUCAGCACGGAAGAGGAACUUGUUAUCGGGAAGUUUAUGGUUGAAAGUUGGAGCAAAAAUUAUCGGAUCCCGCAAAGUUUGCUGUUUGAUUGUUUAAAAAAACAUUUAGAAAAAUAUCCAAGAAUGACUCGAGCAAAGGAUAACAGACCAAGCUCGUUCUGGCAACAACGUUUCUUUGAGCGCAACCAAUCAGUGGUGGCCGCUUAUAAAAACUUCAAGACUUUACCGUACAAAGAAUUCCCUGUGGUUUCCGAUGUAAUGUUGGAUGAACUGCUGCAAGAACUAUCAGCAGUAGACAAACCACCCCCACCCUCCGUAAAAUCUAAAAGUUCUGAAGAUUUUGUUUACGAGGGUGAAGUUUCGCCCCAAAAACCCCGGCUUGUUGGUCCGAACGCUGUUGUUAAGAAAGCAAAGAAAGCGGUCGAAUCAUCAUCAGGGAGUGAGGACCUUGCUGCUAAGGUAAGAAUGAAAGUUUUGCACAAAAGAUCAAAGACGGUUGAAGAGGGGAAGAAAAAAUCAACGAAGAAAGUUUCAAUCAAUAAAUCGAAAGAUGACUCAGGAGUUAUGGACGACGUGAAAAUAAUCGCUGAGUCGUCAGGUGUCAAGAAAUCGACAAAAGAAAAGAAAAAAGAUGCGGACCCCCCCAAAGCCAUUGAACCAGAAACCCCCUCUGAACCCCCAGCCCCCGUUAAGUAUGAAGUGGGUGAGAACGUUCAAGCCAAGGAUUGUGGGAAAUGGUAUAAAGCAAAGAUUAUUGAGGUUGACAAAGACAAGGGUGAGGUGCUCGUACAUUUCAACGGGUGGGGCAAGAGAUUCGAUACGAUCUUCCCUGUGGGGAGUGAAUUGUUGAGGGGGUUGGUACAAGUGGUGAAGAAGGUGGAAGUUAAGAAAUUCAACGUGGGCGACGACGUACUAUCGCAAUGGACAGACGGCAAGUUUUACCCCGGCACCGUUAUAGGGGUGAAGGGAUCGGGGUCAUACGUCGUGAUGUUCUUUGAUGGGUUGAAGAAGUUGCUACGACCGAAUCUACUAAAACCCAUGAGUGAAAAGGAAAAGGAGGAAGCAAUGAAAGAAGCACAACGUGCGUAUCUAGCGUCGAUCGAAACGAAGCACACGGAACCCACGUCGCCCCAACAUGAAGUAGGGGAGGGGAGGAGAUAUCGAACGUCCGCUAAUGAUAGGGAACGUAGGAGUGCUGCAAGGAAAGAAUCCGUGGAAAUUUCAAGCGACCGUCGCAACAGGAAGCGUAAGAUCCAGGAAACCCCCUCGACCCCUAACCCCCCGUUACCCACAACCCCCCCUAAAGUAUUCCACGCCAAACGAGCGAGGAUAGAUAAAAUAUCGGGAAGUUUGUUGGACAAGGCGGUGACAACGAUGGAAACGACAACGACAACAUCGGUGACAACCAGCACAAGUUUAUCGAAACCACCGGAGAUGAAGGGAGACCCCGAGUGGACAACGACAGCGAGCGACGAUUCGGAUUCCCCGCUUGUUAUCGAUGAGGAAGAAGUCAAAGCUGGAAGGAAGGCGAGAGAUCACAAGAACUCAAAGAAACCAAAGAAAAAGAUGAAGCCAAGUAAAGAAAUCACAGUGAAACCGGUGCCGGAAGAAAAAUCUGAGUUAGUUGAAAGUUUGGAGAAACAACCGGAAGAAGAUGUUGUGAUGAUGGAACAAACCAAAUUAACGAUGAAAGAAACUUCACUUGCCGGGGAAGCAGUUGAAAUUGAACCAAAACACAAGGACGGCGUGGAAAAAGUUCUCAAUGGAGGCCGAACCAUUAUGGAGGUGGCAGAAGAGAUGAGCAUCGACCCUGUCGAGCUACGAGAGGCAUUAUUACACCAUAAUGGGGUAAUAUCGGGGUUAUCUGACCCCCAUCUCCUCACCCAUAGCGAUGAAGAGAAUGUCAUCAAUUGGAUCCAUGAUAUGACGGACUAUGGUUGGCCCAUCACCGAUCAACAUAUCGCUGAACAAAUAAAGGCGAUUCUUACGCAACAAAGGAAGCUUGUGUUAUUCACAAAUAUGGGGACGAUUAAUUUUCCUUCAACUACUUGGCUGAGUGAAUUCCUCGAGCGUCACCCCGAGAUCUUCCCCGGUCGUAAGAAACCCCUCGCUCGUUUCCGAUUCGAUCGCGAGGGAUUCGACGAGUGGUUGAUGCGAUGGAUCUGCACGUUACGGGUAACAGACGUCGUGCCGAACGCCGUCUACUAUUGCGAUCAAACUGUAUUCGAUGCGACCCCGAAGUUUAUGCACGACGUUACUUUUACGAGGGGAGGGGUGAAACUUAAUGUCUCCGCUGCUAAAAAUAAGAUUUCUAUCCUGACUUGCAUUGGGGCUGAUGGCUCAGUGUUCGAACCGUUCCAUCUUAUGCCAGGUGAUAGUGACAAGUUGACAGGAACAAUGGGAUUCCGUAAACAAGGCGUUGUUGACUCGGAUGUGAUCUUCCAUUGGAUGCGGGAGAUCUUCAUCAAGAAGAUUCCUCAUCAUCGACCGGUUGCCCUCCUCAUGGAUCUUAGUGUGGAACAGAUCAACCAUAAUCUAUUGAAGUUUGCUCGCGAUAAUAAGAUCAUAUUAUAUAGAUUCCUGCCAGCCGGUGCUUGCUUUCUUCAACAUCCGGAUCAAAAACUAUUUGGAAGAUUAAGAUUACAGUGGAAGAAGACGGUGAUCAGCAAAUUCUUGAAGGAACGAACCAACCAAAUGAUACCAGUGGAAAAGUUUCAGGAAGUUUUUAAAUCGGAAUGUUUAAAGAUAUUCACACCUUCUAAUAUUAAGAUGUGUUUUGAGCUGACGAAGAUCUACACACCAACCUCAGAUGAGGAAGUUACGACCUUCAUUAAGAAACAGGAAAGCAAAGAAAAACGUAACAAGCGCAAACUAUCGAAACCCCUGCUUUAUGUUCCCCCUGUUGAAACCGAUCAACCAAAGCAAACUACUAUCCCUGAUCGCCCCGCUGCCCCCACCCAACUUACCCCAGCCCAACCUGCCCCGGCCCAACUUACCCCCAACCCUUCUGUACCCCAACAUUCACCCACUGUUGAGGGGAAACCCCCAACACCCCAGGAAAGUGAAGACAAGCCACAAACAGAUAAACCAUCGAAAGAAAAACAUUGCUUCAUGAAAGGGGAGACGGUCCUGGCCAAGUGGGUCGAUUGCCGAUUAUAUUUCGCUAAGAUUCUGCAAUGUUUCGCCGAAGACACAUACAAGAUCAGAUACUUUGACGGCCAUGUUAAAAUUGUUAAAGAAGAUUUCCUUCGUCCUUAUACGGGGGAAGUCCCCCAGUUACCCCCAACCCCAUCCACCCACAAGAAGCCCCGCCAUCAGUCCGAGGACAAUCGUCCGAAAUCAUUGCCACGGAAACCGUCGGAAAAAGUUCGACGCGCCUCAGAGUCGAGCCCCGGUAAGCUCGGCAGGGAGCAUGAGGGACCAGCAUUGGUUGCGACAGAUCUCGGGACGCGGAGCAAGACGAACAAAAUAAGUGAAACAGUAUUAUACCUUGCCCCAGUGGAGCGCGUAAAAUAUCGAGCGGGUGAACAAGUGUUGUGCCGGUGGACGGAUCGCAAGUUUUACCCGGCCACCGUUAUCAAGCAGAAGGAUCUAGAUCAUUAUUUAAUCAAAUAUUUCGACAACCGUAAGAAAGUCGUGAAACAUAAUUGGUUAUCGCCGUGGAAACCACCCGUUUCAACAACCAAUCAGGCGGCUCCUUCUACUCAAACAACCAAUCAGGCGACAGCAGCUGUUUCAACGACCAAUCAGGUCAAAGGGAAAGAUAAACCGACCAAUCAGGAUGCAGGGGAGCCUGUAUCGACCAAUGAGAAGUCAGCAGUGGUUGAACCAACCAAUCAGAUUGAUUCACAGAAUACAGGGACCAAUCAGAAUAAAGCAGUGACGCCUGAAAAGAAAAAGAGCGAGGUAAAUAAAGAUGGAGCAUCUAAACAAGGGGAUUUCCCCGUUCUGUUUACGAAAGGAAGUUCAGUGUUGGCGCGAUGGAAAGAUUGUAGAAGUUACCCCGGGACUAUACUUGCUGUGCAUGACGAUGGUCAAUACACUGUACAAUAUUACGACGGGAUGACAAACCGUGUUCGCAAGGAAAUGGUGAAAGCUUGGGAUUCGACGGCGAUACCGAAGGAAAAAAGGGGAAGGCCGAAGGUCAAAGAAAGUGUUAGACCAGAAGUAAACAUCAGCAAAGGAACAAUACCAACAUCAGUUGUUACAACUACUAAUGAUAAUGAGGAUGAAAGCAAAACUAUCAAAUGCAAAGUACCUGGAUGUUCAAAGAUCUUCCGCAACCAAGGAUCGUUGAAACAACAUCAGAAACAUUUCCACCACAAAAGAUACAAAUUGAGAGACGGGAGCCCUCCGAAGAGGAAGGCUUCGAAAGACGAGAAAGAAGUGAGCGUCAAGCGUCGGGUGUCAGCGGAUUACCACAAGUCUCAUGAAGCUAUGGAAGUUAAGAGCCGCGGCACCACGGAGCCAAAGAACCGUGGCACCACGGAGCCGAAGAGCCGCGGUGGGAAGCCGGUGAUUGAGAUUCUACGAAUGCAACAAGAUCUUCUGCAUGAUGAAGAAACUUCCGUGGAAAGUUGGGAAAAGCAAAAGGUGGAUGGAAGAUCUGGUAGCGAUGCUAAAUCAUCCGAUGAUCAGAAAGUUGCUGCUGUGGAAGUACAGGAUAAAGCUGAGAAAGAGCUGGUGAACGAAGAUGUUGUUAGGUGUGGAUGUGGUGCUGAGGUAGAAGGAGGGUUCAUGAUCCAGUGUGAAGGUUGCCUCACAUGGCAACAUGCGUUGUGUGAAGGUAUCUCUCCUAACAAUGAGGUUCCACCCGUCAACUAUGUUUGUAAAGUAUGUAAGGAUCCACCAGGUGUGAGAAGGUCGCAGAAAUUUCUCUUUAACAACGAAUUCCUGGUUAAGGGAAUUCCCCCCACCAUAACCAACAACAAUGAAGCGACAACAGAACAAAAGAAAUUCCAGAACUUCAUGGAGGCCACCCAUGCGUUGGUAGACGAGGUAAUGAGCGUAAAGGAAGCUCUUCGUGGGAUUCGGCAACAAAUUAUCAUCGCGGACCCAACAUCGGUGCAUCCUAUGCUUAAGUUAUGGGAUUUAAAAGAUUCAAAAACUAUAGAAGAAAAAAAACAAAAAGUUGUGACAGAGAAAAAAGUAGAGGGAGUAAAGGAAAGUGAAGUUGAAUCCGGUAAUCUCGAAUCGGAAUCGACGGACAAGAGCGCCCUCUGGCGACCGAUUGAGGUCACACGAGGUCAAAUGACGUCAUCGAGCGACGUCGCUACGGAGAAUGACGUCGUCGCUGCUCGUUGUCGUGGCAACAUACUUGCACAUAUCGACCACAUGGAGUCAGUAUUGAGCAAACGGACGAGCCAGCUGGAAGACUACGUCACAGAAAUUGAAAAAGGAAAGAUCCCGUCACGCCUCGAUGGGUUGGCUUCGGUCAAAAGCGACGUCGAUUCAAUUCACAAACUUCUAUCUGAAGCUAUUACGUCACAGUAACCAUUGUGUCAGCUAACAACGUCAUAAACGGACUUUUACAACAUCCGGGGUGAUGAGCCAACUUUGGCCGAAAUCCCUCGGCUGCUGUUUAUAAUGUAUAUUACAACAAUCAUACCAUGACGUCACAACGUUUGUGACGUCAUAAAAUAUGGCGUAACCUUCUCUGACGUCACACGGAGAAUCGGCGCGUCGGUGAUCUCGUGAUUUUUAGUUGUUUGUUUUAAAAUCGCGAAAAAUUGUGAAAAAUAAAUUUCUUUCAAAUAA